CGACAAAUCCUUGCGUUGCCCUGGAAACCACCUGGCGUCGCGGCCCUGGGAGCUAGAAAAAGACGUUACGAUUCAAAAUGGCGGAGGACUUGGAUGAUCUCUUGGAUGAAGUCGAAUCCAAGUUUAUCAGACCCGACCCACUGAAACUAGACAAGGACAAACGGUCCAAAGGCGGCGGCGGCAGCGGCGGGACCACCCAGAGCAACGACUGGAACCGAAUCCAAGCGAAAGAGAAUCUCAGAUCAACAGAUACCUUUAAAAAAGAAGAUCUUGAUAGUCUUAUUAAUGAAAUAUUUGAAGAGCCCAGCUUUGACCAAAAACCUCUCAAAUUAAAAUCUAAAUCAUCUGGUCACACAUCUGUCAGAGCUUCUCUUCAAGAUCCCCAUAAAAGUUGCAGCCCAGUGUACCUCGGUGGAAGCACAGUUCUGAGUGGGAUUGGAACACAUACUUCACAGAGGGCAUGUGACCAUCUACGUUGUAUAGCCUGUGAUUUCAGAGUAGUGAGCUACAAUGAUUAUAUGUGGGACAAGUCAUGUGAUUAUCUGUUUUUCAGGAACAACAUGCCAGAAUUCCACAAGUUAAAAACAAAGCUGGUGAAGAAGAAAGGAACACGGGCGUAUGCCUGCCAGUGUAGCUGGAGAACCAUUGAAGACCUGACUGACCUACAGGCAGACCACCAGCUUCGCUGGGUUUGCGGAAAACAUUAGGAAUGCAGCCUUUCCACACUGGACAGAAGCAUCCAUGAAGCCAGGCUCCAGUCAUCAUCCUGUUUAUGUAAAGUAAAAAGCUGGUGAUUUUUAUGCAGCUACACAUAUUUUUUGAAGACCAAUGAACUGAGGAAGAUUGUACUCUCUUAACACUUUGGAAUCGCUGUGUUCUGGUGUAUGGAUGUUGAUAAGGUUAACACACACCCAAAUUCUUUGCCAGCCUCUUUCUCCCAUUAAGUGGAAGUCUAAUGAUGGAGUUCGGUCCGUAUAUCUAGCCUGUCCAUAGCACCUGCAACCUUGCUUGUAGUGCAGUUAGUGUGAGCUUCCUCAUGGAUGGAGGGGAAGGGGAAGAGGCUGGCCAAGCCAGGGAGGUCAUCACAGGAGAGUUACACCACCUCCUCCGGUCAGCUCUGUGGUUCCCAGAGAUCCUAAUUCAGACAGGGCAAAAGCCAAAUGAUCGUGUCUGGCUGAAACAUUGUCAGGUGUACAUUUGAGAACACUGCCUUGUAUCUCAUCUUACCUCAACUCACAGCAGUGUUAUACACAAUGAUAAGGAUGGGUUAUCCAUUUUAUUUCACCUUUUAUUGGUCUAGAUAUGAAAAGCUAUUUAGUUUUCCAUCUGAACAUAUACCCUUAUAUAUAAAAAGUUUCUUUGACAUAUAAACAGUCCUACUACAAUGUGUUGGAUUUUUCAGUACUCUAGCCUGUAAUGCUUAAGAUCCAUGUAGUGAAAGUAAGUAAGAUCAUGUUUCAGGCAGCCUGAGUCUCUUCGGGUAGGAUCAGGCUGAUGCAUUAUUUACGAAAUGAAUACAUGAAAAGAGAAGGUGUAACAGUUAGCCUCCUGGAAUUCUCCUUGACUGAGGAAGGAAAGCAGUCCCCUCAGCUCCCAGCCCCACUGAGACACCCUGGGGGACUGUGCAGUCUGCCAGAACUCCACCACAUGUGUCUGUAAUUUGGUUCAAGUGUCUGACAUGGGUGCACAGCAAAGGAGUAAUUUUUAGCAAAGUAGUGAUCUGCUUGGUCUUAUGCCAGUUCCGUUCCAGUACCCUACAAAAUAAGGAAUAUCUGAUAUUAAAAUCCUUUUCCUGGUGGUAAGACACACCUAUAUUCCCAGCACUGGGAAGAUGAAGCAAGAGGAUCCCAAAUAUGACUCCCGCUCUGGCAACUUAGAUGCUGCCUUAAAACUUUUUGGCUCAGUGCAAAGGCCACGGGUUCAGUCCACAGUAUCGGGAAAAAUAAAUACGUUCACAGCUAUAGUUAAGUACGGCACUACAACAAAACAAAGCUCGUGGUGGCUGAGGCUUACAUUUUUGUAUUAAAAAAAUGUUUACAGGUUUUAUCCAUGCAAAAAUAUUUUAAUUCCUAAAUUCGUAUCUCUCUGAAGUUGUGUCAGAAACAUUGGAGAUUCAGAUUAAAUUAAUUCCUUGAAAAAAAUAGCAGAUCGUCAAGAUCCACAUUCAGGACCUCAUGAAUUUGUGUAUUCAUCAUAUGAUUUCUUUUAUAUCAAUGAGAAAAUUCUGUAAAUCAUUCAUUUGAAAAUAUUUUAGCCAAUGUUGCAUCUAAAGGGACAACAUUGCCUUGUUCUGUUAUUUCAGUUACUUCUGUCCUGAAUUCUGGACAUGUUAUAUGUGACAUUCCAUAACAUUAUAAUAAUAAUUCUCUGUCAGAAAUGCAUAGCUGAGUUUUCAUUUUUAUUGGCAACUUACAAGGUUUUCAGUAUUGUACUAUUUUUAAAUAAAAUGUAGAAAGAAUAUUGCUUAUGUAUAAAUAGAUAAAUUAUUACCUGCUAUAAUUUAAGCUAAAAUGCAACUAUUUUAGGAUCAAUAUAGAAGAAAAGUUUCAAGUCAACUAUAGUUUAAAUAUACAAAGUGUGUAACACUUAUAGGAUGUUUUCCUUAUCUUCAAUAUUUAUAAUAUUUGUCUACAGUUACCAAAGUACUGUCAAGCCAGACUUUACUUGGACUGUUAUUCUACUUUCAGAACCUUAUCUUUAGAAAUGAGAAAAUAAUAAAUAGCACCUUAGUUUUUAUUAUUUUUUUAUUCUGUAGUAAAAUAUUCUUGUGAGCAUUAAUUUGGAGUAACUUCGAUUUUUUUCAGUUUCAAUAUAAACAUUUCUAAUUAUACAAUUGACCAGAGGAUUUAUUUACAUUGCAGAGAGGCAGGCCACAAGUUUGAGAAAGGCACGUGUAGUACACACCUGUGCGUGUGCCACACACUUGCAUGUGGAAAGAGCACAGGGAUGAGAGGAGUAGGUCCAGGUUCAACACAUACAGACCAGGGCUGGGGAUUUAGCUCAGUGGUAGAAGUGCUUGCCUGGCAAGCACAAGGUUGUGAGUUCAAUGCCUGGUUACCCGCCCCCCCCCCCCCGGAAAAAAAGGAAGUACAGGCCAUGUUGACAUGGCCGUACAUAUCCAGAUAUCCAUAACUCAGAAUCCUUUUCUUGAACCAAAGAAAAUGUCAUCAGACUGUGAAUCUGAAUUGUUUUACUCAUUUUCUUAAUACUUAAAAAUACAAAAAAAAAAAGUCUUUAUAUUCAAAGUACUCUUAAAAAACUUAGCAGCUCUCAGGUACUUAAUUUUUCUCACCUCUUUUAACAGCUUAUCAGCCAACAUGAGGUCGCAGUAAUGAGCCAUAUCUGUUGCUAAAAUAGUUCUCAAAGAAAAAAUUCAAAAUGUACAAAUCUCUGUAGAGGUUUCACAUCCUUCUUUGGGUUUGUGCCAUUACAGAAGAUUGCCUUCGACAUUCAGAUCGAGGAUAAUUAAAUGUGUCUUUCCUCCAAUGCUGUGAAACUGGAUGACAGAAUGCUACAGAGUGGAAGCUGAGAGCCGUGUUCUUCCAGGGCCUUGACCUCUGGGACCGUGUGUAGGGAUGGUGGGAUCUCCUGCGAGCCACUGUGAGGAGUGGAUCGGAGACUGUGAUUAGCAUGGCGUUCCGUUCAGUCCGUGCUUACCAAGUGCUCUCACUUUUUCCUUCCAAAAUAAAUACUGUCUCAAGUA